AUGUGUAAAAGGGAGUGUGUAUUAUUUGGAUUCAACAAUCAAAUGAAGAAAUGCCGUACCCAUAAGAUAAUAUUUAAGACUGAGCUCUCUGAUGAGGCCGGUUGGAGAUACUACUCGGAUAACGAUUUUUCUAGUAUGCCCAAAGAUUGCAAGGAUCUUCGAGAAAAUGGACAAACCAUCACAGGGUUGUAUGAUAUAUACCCCUACAGAACAUUAACAGUACCGGCCAUUCAGAAACGCGUAGACGGAUCCGUGAGUUUUGACAGGAACUGGGCGGAUUAUAAGAAUGGUUUCGGUUCACCAGAACAGAAUGUCUGGAUUGAAAACACCUCAUCCCUUUAUGUAUCCAUCACUCUCCAGAAUGGUACAACUCUGUAUGAAAUGUACGACCGAUUUUCUGUCUCUGACGAAGCAGGGAAAUAUCAACUCUUUCUUGCAGGACCUGUCAAUGGAACUUUAG